AGGUGGUACUGAUUGGCGUUGUGGCCGUUUUGCAAGUGCUGCUUGUCCGGGAAGUUGUGUCGCGAGAAUAUAACAAGCCGACAACGGAUGCGCUUGAGUGGAUGCUAUCCGUCAGUGAAAAGGAGAACGAUGAACCGCUCACCGAUCCUGCCUGCAGCAUAUCAUUGCAUCGCGAUCUGUCGAUCAUGCAACCGUUACUGCUUAAACCGGGCAGCAAGGAGUUCUUCUGGCCGCGACUAAACAGCUCCACCGUUCAGCUCGACUACGGGCAACCGUUGGAGCUGUACUGUUCACACGGCUUCCGGAAGGGUUCACCGGGUGGAAACGCGAAAUCAGCGAUCGUCACCUGCGAGGGUAACGAUGAGCUUGGUUACGCCACGGAAAGCUACAACAUCUCGCACUUUGCCUGCCAGCGGCCCGUCUACCAUGUAGCCGAACGAACCGGUGGCCAUUGCUACGCCGGGAGCACUCGGGUACGCAUCGGAUUCGAGCUAGCGGCCGACCGGUUCCUACAGCUGUACGAGGUCUGCUUCGACGAGAAGCAGCUACACACUCACUACGUCAAGUACAGUCUCAAUCCACACAACGGUCACCAUCAACGGGCGGUCAAACGGCCCUCCUUUCUACAGGGUAACUUCUACGCCAAUCUCAAGAUGAGCUCGCUCUACUCCUUCACCAAGCAGCACGCCACGGUACAACGCAUUCUCGGGACGCAAGCGAGGGCUGACGCUGUGCUCGAUAGCAAGCGGGGUCUGUUUUUAUCCCGUGGCCACCUGGCUGCCAAAUCGGACUUCAUUUUCGGAUCCCAUCAAAGGGCCUCCUUCUGGUUAAUGAACGUUGCACCACAGUGGCAGCGCUUUAACGCGUUCAACUGGCAGCGCAUCGAGACGGCCGUGAAGGAGUACGCCGUCGCGAACGAUCUGUGGCUAACGGUGUACACUGGAACGUACGGUGUGCUCGAGUUGCCGGAUGGGAAUGGUGAUCCGCAGCAGAUCUUUCUCGACUACGACCCGGCUCGUGAUCCUCCGGGACGCAUACCGGUGCCGAAGCUGUUCUACAAAGUGCUGAUCGAUGAGCGGACCGGUGCUGGCAUUGCGCUAAUCGGCGUUAACAAUCCAUACGCUACACCGGAGGAGAUCACCGAGCAGUACGUGGUGUGUAAGGACGUUAGUGGUGGCAUCGAUUGGAUACGCUGGAAGCGAGACUCGAUCGCCGAUGGGUACUCGUAUGCCUGUGACGUGAACGAGUUUAACGAUGUCACUGGCCACCUCGAACUGGGUCAACCCAUCAGUAAGCUACUUCUAUAGAGACGGCGAUCUAGACGAAUUUUAUUAUUUGUCAUUCUGGAAUACAAGAUCAAACAGAUGAACGCCACGA